CACAUGAAAUAUGGGGUUGGGGAAAAGCUCAAAUGUCCAACAUGUGAGUACACUUGUGCCAGUCGAUCGAUGCUCAACAGUCAUUUAAAGAAACAUUCGGUGGACAAACCUUUCCUGUGUGAGACCUGUGGCAGCUCGUAUAAAUUUGCGAGUUUGCUAAAGAAACAUUUUAAAAAAAUCCGA